AUGCGAAAUAGUGGUAUAUUAGUAGCAAAUGAUGCUAAUAAAGAUCGUGCAAAAGCAAUUAUUGCUAAUACACAUCGAUUAGGUUUAACCAAUACGAUUGUGACAAAUCUUGAUGGACGACAGUUCUCCGAGCAUAUGGGUGGUUUUGAUCGAUGUCUUGUCGAUGCACCAUGUAGUGGUACAGGUGUUAUAGCAAAAGAUCCAGCAGUAAAAAGUUCAAAAGAUGAUAAAGAUAUUCAACGAUGUUUUACUGCUCAACGACAAAUUUUAUUGAAUGCUAUCGAUUCAAUCAAUGAAAAUUCAACAACGGGUGGUUAUAUUGUCUAUUCAACUUGUUCAAUUUUAGUCGAAGAAAAUGAAGCUGUGAUACAAUAUGCAUUAAAUAAUCGAUCAGUUAAACUUGUUGAAACAGGUUUAGAAUUUGGUGUUGAAGGUUUUACUAAUUUUAAAGGUACAGCAUUUCAUCCAUUAAUGAAAUACUGUCGUCGAUACUAUCCACAUUUACAUAAUUUGGAUGGCUUUUUUGUUGCUAAAUUAAAAAAAUAUUCCACAAAACAAGGCAAUAAAAAAGGUUUCAUUUAA